AUGGACUCACUCAAAGACACGCUCAGGAAGACCGCUGUCCUCUCUAGAGACGCCCUACUUUCCCAUGCCUGGUCGUAUCCCCUCCUCGGCAUCCCCUACCUCAUCGCCCACCCUGCCCUCUACACCGCAGUCGCGCCGGUGCUCGCAAAGGCCGCCGUCACCUCCCUCGCCAUAACCGGCAUCCUCUUCUUUUUCACCUACCUGCCCCAGGUCGCCUUCUGUGCCCUUUUUUCCGGCCCAUUCGCCUUCGUCGCAGCGGGAAUUAUGGUCCUCUCCGAGGCCUAUGUCCUUGUCUCCUUCAUCUCAAAAGCCUUCUUGUCUGCCGCGCAGGAUCGCAUAUUCGAUGCUGUCCUUUUGCAACAAGGAAACCAAUCACUCGUUGAGAGAGGUCGUCAGGUCAAGUCCAAUUCUUCUGGCUUCAAGGUCGUCGGCAAGUCCCUCAUUCAACCCCUCAAUCGCUUCUCCAAGGAGGGCAUCGUGCGAUACAUAGUCUCUCUCCCUCUCAAUUCUAUACCUGGCGUCGGUACCGCUCUCUUCCUUCUCUACAACGGAAUCAAAUCUGGUCCUACAUUCCAUGCUCGUUACUUCCAGCUCAAGAACCUUGAUAAAUCCACUCGAGAGGCAUUCGUCGAGAAGCGGAGGGGUGCAUACACUGCGUUUGGUGCAACGGCCCUAGCGCUCAACCUCGUACCGGUGAUUGGCUUGCUCUUCAACCUCACAUCCACGAUCGGAGCGGCACUCUGGGCGAACAAGCUUGAAAAGACAGAGGUGUCGGCAGCAGGCCCUAUACGAAGAGUUGAGGACGUAGGACAGUCUGCAAACGAGAUACCUAUGAGGGAUCAAGUCAAGGUGGAAUUGUAG